AUGGCGGACAACGACUCCUCCGUUACACUGCGAACUCGCAAGUUCAUCCGCAACCCUCUGCUGGGUCGCAAGCAGAUGGUCGUUGACAUCCUCCACCCUAGCCGUGCCAACAUCUCCAAGGAGGAGCUGCGCGAGAAGCUCGGCGGCAUGUACAAGGCCCAGAAGGACCAGGUCCAGGUCUUUGGCCUGCGAACCCAGUUCGGUGGCGGCAAGACCACGGGUUUCGCCCUGAUCUACGACUCCCCCGAGGCCAUGAAGAAGUUCGAGCCUACCUACCGCCUGGUCCGUGUCGGCAUGGCCACCAAGCCCGAGCGUGCCAGCAGACAGCAGCGCAAGCAACGCAAGAACCGACAAAAGACUCUCCGCGGCACGGCAAAGGUCAAGGGUGCCAAGGCGAAGAAGGAGAAAUAA